UAGUACUGGGUAACGUAACUGUGUCAACAGGAUAAACACUGCAGUGUUCUCAUAGUAUUACAAAAGUGUCUAGAAUAUUCUCGAUUGCACAGGAAAAAAAAAAAAAGAAUUGGUUUGAAGGUCGCGCAUGCGCCGUUCUCAUCUUUCUUCACGUGGAAAUUUCUUGAAUCUCAUUCACACCGCAAGACUUACAGUAAAAAUCUCUAGGCUGAUAUCCUGGGUACAUCACAAUGGCAUUCAGGAGAUUUCUCCCAAUGUUUGACCGUGUUUUGGUGGAGCGUCUAGCUGCAGAGACAGUGACAAAGGGCGGAAUCAUGCUGCCAGAAAAGUCCCAGGCUAAAGUGCUGCAGGCCACCGUGGUGGCAAUUGGGCCUGGGGCUGCCGAUAAGAGCGGUCGGCUGCAGCCAGUUAGCGUAAAAGUUGGGGAGAAGGUCCUACUGCCUGAGUAUGGGGGAACAAAAGUGACUCUAGAUGAUAAGGAAUACUUCCUCUUCCGUGAUGGGGAUAUCCUUGGCAAAUAUGUUGACUGAUGUGAUUUCAGUUGAAUUAUUGACAAAUGAGUCCUCUUCACGUGUACAAGAAUAGAAUGUC